GGGUUGCGAGCAGAGCGCCUCCGGCAGGCCCUCCCUGGUCGGAAGCGGCGAGUGAACCAAGCGGUGGGCAAGGGCCGGCUCCCAGGAUGGCCAGGGUGGAGGCCCAGGGCCGCCUGUGGCUGGAGAGCUCCCCUGGGGGAGCGCCUCCCAUCUUCCUGCCCUCGGGUGGGCAAGCCCUGGUGCUGGGCCGGGGACCCUUGACGCAGGUUACCGACCGGAAGUGCUCCAGAAACCAAGUGGAGCUGGUUGCUGACCCUGAGACUCGGACGGUGGCAGUGAAACAGCUGGGAGUUAACCCCUCAACUGCCGGGACUCAGGAGCUGAGACCAGGGUUGGAGGGUUCUCUGGGGGUGGGGGACACGCUGUACUUGGUCAAUGGCCUCCACCCGCUGACCCUGCGCUGGGAAGAGGCUCACACGCCAGAAUCCCAGCCAGACACUCCACCAGGCACCCCUCCUGUGGCCCCGGAGGAGGAGGAAGAGGAUGAACAGCAGAAAAAGCGGAUAAGGAAGUUAUCCCCUGGCUGGGAGAGCUUCCAGAAGCUGCUAGUGUUCACGGCACCUGGUGUGAAGCCCCGGGGCAAGGUGGCCGGUUUUGAUCUGGAUGGGACCCUCAUCACCACACGUUCUGGGAAGGUCUUUCCCACUGGCCCCAGUGACUGGAGGAUCUUGUACCGAGAGAUUCCGCAGAAGCUCUGUGAACUGGCCGCCGAGGGUUACAAGCUGGUGAUCUUCACCAACCAGAUGGGCAUUGGACGCGGGAAGCUGCCAGCAGAGGAGUUCAAGGCCAAGGUGGAGGCUGUGGUGGAGAAGCUGGGGGUCCCCUUUCAGGUCCUGGUGGCCACGCACGCAGGCUUGUACCGGAAGCCGGUGGUCGGCAUGUGGGACCACCUGCAGGGGCAGGCCAACGAGGGCGUGCCCAUCUCCAUCGGGGACAGUGUCUUUGUGGGAGAUGCAGCUGGACGCCCAGCCAACUGGGCCCCUGGGCGCAAGAAGAAAGACUUUUCUUGCGCUGACCGCCUGUUUGCCCUCAACCUGGGCCUGCCCUUCGCCACACCAGAGGAGUUCUUUCUGAAAUGGCCCAUGGCCCGCUUCGAGCUCCCAGCCUUUGACCCGAGGACCGUCUCCUGCUCUGGGCCUCUCUGCCUCCCUGAGUCCAGCUCCCUCUUAAGCUCAGACCCCGAGGUGGUUGUCGCCGUGGGAUUUCCUGGGGCUGGGAAGUCCACCUUCCUCCAGGAGCAUCUCGUGUCGGCCGGAUACGUCCACGUGAACAGGGACACUCUGGGCUCGUGGCAGCGCUGCGUGACCACGUGCGAGGCGGCCCUGAAGCAAAGGAAACGGGUCGUGAUUGACAACACGAACCCGGACAUCCAGAGCCGAGCCAGGUACAUCAAGUGUGCCCGAGACGCAGGCGUCCCCUGCCGCUGCUUCCUCUUCAGCGCCACCCUGGAGCAGGCGCGCCACAACAACCGGUUCCGCGACAUGACGGACUCCUCUCACGUCCCCGUGACCGACAUCGUCAUUUACGGCUAUAGGAAGCAGCUCGAGGCCCCCACACUGGCCGAAGGCUUCUCCGCCGUCCUGGAGAUCCCAUUCCGGCUCCACGUGGCGCCGCAGCUUGAGCGGCUGUACCGCCAGUUCUCAGAGGGCUGAGCCAAUGCCCACCCCCCACCUGCUCCCCACCCCACAAUAAAUGCUGUUUUUC